UACAGUGUAUGUGGAAUUCUUUUCAGAAAGAAAUAUGAAUAGCGCCAUCUUAUGUCAGGGGCAUUGUGAUGUCAUCUUAUGACCAGCUUCUCCAUCAGGUGGAGUCUCUCAAGGCAGAGAAUUCACAUCUCAAGAUGGAGCUGAAAGACAACUCAAGCCAGCUUAACAAGCUGGACUCAGUUGUAGGGCACCUUCAGUCCAGUAAACCAGGCAUGGGGGAGGAUGACCUCAGAGCUCAAGUCACUAUCCACGGUCUUGCCAUGACAACAUCUGCGGCAGCAACAUCGUCAGCAACAUCAACAGGAGCAGGUCCUAGUACCUUUCAAGUCAACAGUGGUGCCAUGUUGCCUGGGAAACCUCAUAGUUUACCAACAUCAUUAGGAACAGGUGGGACUGAUAGCAGCUUAAGUCAAACCAAAGAUCAUUUCACGAGGCAUCAAGAGCUUGAAAGAGACAGGUUUGUACUUGAGUUUUUAUGUUUUUACAUUUUAUGGUGCAAUGUGAAUUAUGAUUUUUCAUUUGUGUUCCGCUGUAUCUAAUUUUAUUCUCAGUAACUAUAGUAACAAUAUGGCUCCUCCCAAUUCUUCAUGCCCUCUAUCUUCUUUCAUUUACAUUGUACAUUUCCUAAUUGCUCCUGUCUCUUUAUAUGUCUUUUAGAGCUUGAAAAAAAGACAGGUUUGCAUUUGUAUGUGUGUGUGUGUGUGCAUUUGUACAUUUUGUGCUGUAUCACAUAUUCUAUUUGUGAAAAAUGAUUGUUCACUGAAUCUACUUUUGCUCCUAUUGAAUAUGGAUGAAGAAACGACCCUCUCCUCCAGGCUCUCUGUCCUCAUCGGCUGACACCUUCUUAUUGCCCCUGUUUCUUCUAAGUGUUUCUCUCUCUUUCUAUCAACCCACACCAUUUUCUUGUACCCCAAUCCAUCUCCAUCUUUCCCCCAUCAUGACAGUUUCCUAUCUGACAGUUCAUCAUCAUAUUCCCUUCUUACCCCCAUAAUACCAAUGUCACCAGGGAUAAUCAUCCACUCUGUGGUCCAGCUGGUUCAACAAGCCUCCAAAUUUACUACCCUCUCAUUCAUCCUAAUUAUCCAAUGAAUUUCAAUCAAAAUCAUAUCCACUGGUCUUGGAAAUGCAUUUUAAUUGAUUCAAAGUCAUGCAGCUGGAUUUGUGGGUUCUUGUCGAGCCUUGUCUUUGGUUGGAGUAUGCCGAGGUUUGGGUUUCAGCUUCAUGGGAUUCAGCCUUCAUAGUCUGUUGGCAUCGUGCCUUAAGGAGAGUCCUUUGCUGUCAUUGACGGGUAAUAGAAAUCAUAUUAUUGUGCUGCGGAAUGAGCCUGAAAUAAUUUUACUAGUUGAUUGAUGGCAAGAUAUAGUGAAAGAUGCAGAAGUGCAUAAAUGGAGGGAGUCAGUUCAAAUUUAAUAGAAGGAACAGAGAAAGAGAUGGAGGGUGGUAAAGAGGUUCUAUACAAAUAAAAGCAGUUAGUGGGAUAGAGAAGAAAAAAAAUGAGAGAAAGAAAUUAUGAGAGGAGGGAGAGAAUAGUUGGAGAAGCAUUCUCUUUAGUGUUGCUGCAAUGAAUCUGUUUUUGAGAGCUACAUGUAAUUAUGAUUCACAGAGCUGCAUUAUGUAUAUACUAAAGGACACAAGUGCUAGUAUACGAUACAUUACAUUCAAUUACAAGUUUAAUUUGUUUCAAUUAAUACAAAAUUCCUAUCCUGUAGCUGCUAAUGGUUUGUUUGAUCACUUAAAUUAAUCAUCAUAAGGCUCGUGUCAUACAGUAGUUGAAGAGAAUGCCUGAUCAGUUUUGCAUCUGUUUCUCCUUGUCAUUACCUGAUGACUCAUACAAGACUUCAUUAGCGAGCUCUUAGAUAGUUUUUCAUUGUAAUUUGGAGUAAUCCAAAUGCGUAGAAAGAUGACGACAUGUACCUCUUCUGCUGCCUCCGCUGAAUAUUAGCUUUGAAUAUUUCAUUAUAUGGCCGUGUAAAUCCAUGUAUAUUAGAAAGAUCAGAAAUAAUUUAAUAUUGAAUAUAGGUUAGAUGUAUAAGGAUGAAGAGAGUAGUAUUCCUGGUUGUAUUGAUUUAUUGUGAAGUGGCAGCAGACAUGGUUCUUUAUGAAUCAUCAAAUAAAUCUAUCUUAUGAAAAUUUGAGUUUCAUACACAGAAUUCUUUUAUUUUUUAUCAAUUUAGACAUAAAUCAAUUUCCAAUUACAUGGAAUUUUGAGUGGUCUUUUUCAAUUGGACAACAUUCAAUAUGUAUAUUAGAGAGAGCAUUUCUUACUAUCUCGUAGAAGAUCUGAAAUAGAUAUUACAUUUUGUUUGAAUGUCUGUUUAUUUUUCUAGAGCUCAUGGAUAUAAUGAAAUCUUUUUUGUGGUUUAAAAUGUUUACACUUUUCUUCCAUUGAUAAUGUGAUGUGUCUCCUUGUGGGGACACAUACAAGCAAACACAUGUCUCAACCUUUGAAAUUGUUCAAAUAUGCAUGUUUUAAACAUUGUAUGCUCAAAUAUUCUAUAGACUGCUUGCAGCACACACUCACUUGAGACCCACAGAAGGCAGACAAUUUAGACACGGAGGGUACACAAUUUUGCAAGGAAUUGCGCUGGAGUACGCAUUUAUGACGCUGUGCUUUCGUCAAAAGCGCCAUACCUUUCUCCAUAGUGCUGGUCGAAUCCACUUUCAUGAGUGACUAAGCAUUUGAUUUGAUUAAACUGCAUGGUCUAGUUGAGCUAAUCAUCUUACGGGUGCCGAAUUUCAAGAUAUUUUAGGAUGGGUAAGAUGGAAUCUGGAAGAUGACAUAGAACACAAUGAAAGGAAUUAAGAGAUUUAACAGACAAAUCCUUAAAUGUGUCAAAAUUGAUCAGGGUAUCAAUAGUCUGCAAUAACAGACUCUAUUUUACUUUAUUGCAUCAUGUAGAGUCUGUGAAAAAAAGACUGUGGCACCACAGUUCAUAGGUACUGCAAUGUAGCAACUCCCACACUCGGUGGACAGAUAGAUGUCACCAUUUGGUGUAACUCAAAAUUUCUUAAUUUGUUUUUAAAUAUCAACAUCGGGUCUUUCCCACAGACUACCCUCAUCUGGAUAAGUGAUAUCAAUGACCAAACGAAAUGCCUGUGAUUAGACCGCCAAACUGUAUUAUACCCAAAAUGUUCAAUUCCAUCAUAUUCCCUGAUUUGCUAGUUGAUUGAUGGGAUGAGACAUUGUCCCAUGUAACGGACCAAUGAUUAGUCUUGAUGCAACCUUACAGGAUAGGAUGUGAUUUGUUUUCAUUAGAGACGGAGAUAGGAACAAAUUUAAUUUGUAAGAUGUUUGAGAUUGCCAUGCUGAUACAGUCACCAAUGUGACAAGAUAACUGGUGGGGAUAUUGGUCAAACUGGUAAAGGCCAUGGAAAUCAAAUUUGAUAUUGAUAAGAAAUACUUCAUAUAUAUCUUGCUUUAUAUUUAUAGCUCAAUCAGUGGCGUAUGUAGGCAAGAAAGAUGCUCAGGGCAAAUGAUUCAGUCCUAUUUCCAACUUUUUAUCUAGCAUCUUUGGUUGUUUAUGAUAUUCUAGAGGUUUUUUUCCUUCACAUUUCUACGUUUUCAAUCCCUUUUUUUUUCUAAUCUCUUUUUUCUUUUUUUGUGCAUACUAAAAGUGGCAGCCAAGCCAAAUUCACUAUUUCUUGCUCCCCCCCCCCCCGAUUACCCAAAUACUAUGUAGAUAGUAAUGGUUUUUUAAUGUCUUGAAUGAUAUCUGUUCCCUUUGUAAUAUACAGGUGUAACCUGAUGACCAAAUUUUAUCUAAGAUUUAUCUAUUUUCAGGUCUUUAUAAAGAAAAAUAAAAUUAUUGUAUCAUUCUACAUAAGUAUCAAACUUUAUACCUGUAGCUGUCUUUAACAUGUACAUUGUAGGCCUAUGUAUGAAUUAUUAUGCUAUUAAAUUUGUCAAAUUUGAUGGAAACGAAUAACAAUGGAUUAUGUAUACUGUAAACACAUCCGUGCCAAAAAAGGGACAAAAUAAUGACCUUUAUCUACACAAAGUGAUAAACCAAUGUACAUUGUACUUUGCAAAUUGUCCUAAUAUUGCUACAGUAGGGGAAGUUGAUUUCAGUUUAAUUUGAAAAAAUUAUAAUGACAGAAACAUUGCAGUCAAGUUUUAAAAUGGUCUAAUUUCCCUAUCAUUAAUGUCAAUGCUUAUGUUAUACAGGGGUUGUUUGUAACCAAUGAUGAUAUUGGGAUAUGUACAAGUUCUUCUCUGUUUAUUUUCUCCAUACUGAGCCAUUUUGAGGGACACUCAAAAUUAGGAGCUGCCUUUUUUUUUUUUUGUAUUUGAAUGCAGUGUCUACGAACCUUCUGAAUAAUUCAUGAUUAUUUCCAAUCUGGGAUUAGUCAAGAUUUUUUCUGACUUUUUCCUCUUUUUCUGUUUUUAUUAAUGUUAUAAUGCUUAUGUUAUACAGGGGUUGUUUGUAACCAAUGAUGAUAUUGGGAUAUGUACAAGUUCUUCUCGGUUUAUUUUCUCCAUACUGAGCCAUUUUGAGGGACACUCAAAAUUAGGAGCUGCCUUUUUUUUUUUUUUUGUAUUUGAAUGCAGUGUCUACGAACCUUCUGAAUAAUUCAUGAUUAUUUCCAAUCUGGGAUUAGUCAAGAUUUUUUCUGACUUUUUCCUCUUUUUCUGUUUUUAUUAAUGUUAUAAUGCUUAUGUUAUACAGGGGUUGUUUGUAACCAAUGAUGAUAUUGGGAUAUGUACAUGUUCUUCACGGUUUAUUUUUCUCCAUACUGAGCCAUUUUGAGGGACACUCAAAAUUAGGCGCUGCCUUUUUUUUUUUGUAUUUGAAUGCAGUGUCUACGAACCUACUGAUUAAUUCAUGAUAAUUUCCAAUCUGGGAUUAGUUAAGAUUUUUUCUGACUUUUUCCUCUUUUUCUGUUUUUAUUAAAAUGUCCUACAUCUGGGUGGACCUUCCCCUUUAAAUACAUGUAAGAAAAAAUAUUCAUGAUGGCUGACUCACACAUUAACCAUGAUGUAACAUUAAAUGGUGCCUGGUAUCUGCUUUCAGACUAAAAAAAACUCCAAAAUGUUACUGUACAUGUACAUUGUAACCAAAAUUUCCAUGGGAUAUAAACAAGACAAAAUGGGAAUUGUGAUAUUAGAGAACAUGGAAAAACAGGAAGCUGAACAUAAUAUUUCUCUUAAAAGUGAUCUCGAAGAUAAAGUACAAGGCUUGAAUUACAAUCAUUUAAAUCAUGUUUUAGGUGCUUUCUACCUUAAAUUUCCAUCUGUUUUCUAUCCAGUAGGACAGAGGAAUGGACCUCCUGUGUCUUACACGCACAUUUCAUAAACAUUUUAGGAAUUUAAAGGACUGACCAAAAAAGAAAUUCAUUUUCUAUAUAUGUGAUGGAAUCAUGGUUAAACCUGGUUAAUUUUUCAAGAUGCUCCUGAAUAAUGCAGCACCCCCCCCCCCCCAUUUCUUGUUCAUAUUUUAUAAUCAUUUUGGGGAUUAAAACCUGGACUACCAAAGAAAUAUCACUUUUGAGACUUAAUUGAAUCACAGUUACAUUUGACAUUAAUAGUUUUCUUAAAUUAGGGCCUUAACAUCACUAUUUUCCUUCUUCCUAUCUCACAAAAAUCAGAUACAAUGUAGGUCCUACAAGUAUUCUGUAAAUAUAAUAUUUUCCUUCCCAUUUUUCGGGGGAAGGGCAUUGGUUGUAAAUCCAGCAUCCCUUUACAGAAGCAGUGAUAGGAUCAGUCUAUCCCAUCAUAUUAGAUAUAUCUUGAUCCCCUGUCACAUGUGGCAAGUCCUUGUCAACUAUCAGCACAAAUAUCUUUGAACCUAUCGUAGAUCAUAUCAUGAGCAUUGCAGUUACAUUCAACACAGCUUACAUAUAUUGUGGCCAUUGUGGAGAUGUUUUUCAAUCAUCCAAGCCCCCCAAGUUUAUUGUAGCUGUAGCUAUCACUUUGUUUGUGACCAUUUAGAGUGAUAUUUACUAAUCUUGUUAUUUUAGUUCCAAGUUGUUGUUUGUGGCCUUUACGUCAUUUCAGACUGGAAAAAAAAAGUUUUUGAUGCAGUGACAAAUGCUGAAGUUCAAGAUUUAAAGGAUUACUAUAUGAAUCAUCUUCAGAAUAUUUCAUGGACUCAGUAAAAGUGAACAAGGACAGAGGGUGUAUUCUAGCAGGUAAAUUUACACCUUGCUCUAGCCAUUUUAUGAAGCUUUUUAUUAAUGGUAUGAAAUAUUGAUCAUUUUGUCCAUUUUAUAAUUCAAAUAUCAAGCACCUUUAGUGGAAUUAAUAUUCUGUGGAUGCCAUACUAUAGUAAAAAAAGAAUAUGUAUAGUCCCUCUUGGUCGAUGACUCAGGUUUUAUAACUAGAUUUAUAUCCAUUCAUGACAAAUUCUAUGCCCAAAGUGGGUAGUUUCUUUCUAAAGGUCAGUGUGCAUGGUGGAUGCAGUCUCCUGUGAAACACAAUUUAUUCCUUGGAGAUGAGAGAAUGGGGAUAGUACAGACAGAAGAGAAGAGAUGGGAGGGAAGAGGAUGAGGAGGGGGAGAGGAUGGGGAGGGGGGGAGAAAUAGAUAAAUAGAGGGGGAGGGAGGAGAGGAAAGGUGAGAGGGGGGAAGGAAUAGGGGAAAGAGAAAAAGAGAGAGCUAGAGAGGAGGUGAGAGAAUUGAGUGGUGGGGAUUGGCAAGUGAUGAAAGAAAAAAUAAAAAAGCUAUAUCAUAUAAGUUAUAAGGAAAGAUGGAGAAUCUCUGAGUGCCAACAGUUCCAUGCUGGCGCCAACAUCUACAUGUACACAUGUAUCAUCUAAUGCCAAAAUGCCGAAUCAUGAUGAAUUGGGAAACAGUAGGCCAACAUGUAGAACAAAGUGCGACACCUGCUUCACAUCUGCUUGAAAUGUAUGUAUUUCAAUAUGCUGUUUCUUCCCUUCGGCAAAUGGAUGAGGUAGGAAGACCCCAGGAGAAAAUGAGAGAGAGAAAGAGAUACAUGGAAAGUGAAUUGAGAAAAGUAAAAUUUACACGCAAGAAAGAAAAUUUGGUGUAGAAAGUUAGAGCGAAAUAAACAAGGAAGGAGAGGGAGUAGUGAGAGAGAAAGAACCAGAGACGGUGGGAGAGGAUGAAUGGGAGGAGGAAGGAGUAGACAUUGCACUAUUUCAGCGACAUCCCGUUACUUGCUUUCAGACCCUGCAAGCAAUGGAAUUCAUAAAUGAAUUACCUGUUCUCUAUUUCCAAUCAAAUCACAAUUACAAACCCUGGGUUUGUUGUCCGAGGCGCUGAUUAAAAUACCGGUAGCAUGGACGGAUUGAUGUUUGGUCCGUCUCCUCCCGGUCCUCUGAUUCCUCCAUCUCGCCAAAGAAGGGAUCAUUGUUUACAGAUGGGACUAGCCAAGGUAUCUCUGGUGUUGACUAGAUAGAUAGGUAAUGCUACAGUCAUACCAACGAAGCCGACACCACACCGACCAAUGACAUGUCAUUAGAAAUAACAUAUGGCUUUGAUUGGUCUGGGGUCCGGUUCGUUGGUGUGACUGAAGCGUUAGAAAGAAUAGGUUACUCAAGCAAGACUCUGGGGAAGGAAAUCAAUCAGACUCCCCUUUUUCCAGUGAAGUGACCUUUGAUUGAGGUUCGGGCCACUUUUGCAGGACAGUCCUGAUCAGGCAACUUUCCAGAUUAGUUGCAUGGUUUGUUGCUGUUCGGGAGUAGGAAGGCGGAGGGAGAUGUCAUCCGAAAUGUUAGAAAAACAUUUUCUUGCAGUACAGGGAUGGGUAUGGGAUUUCUCCCAAUUUCCUGCUUCCAUGUCCGUUAUCCUGACUGAAAGCUUUUCAAUCUAAAGAUAGCUCUAUGUAUUGUUUAUACUUGAAGAGCAUUAAAUCCUCUUUGGCAAAGAAAAAAAUGCAUGUACUAGUUCCAAUAGACCAUAGUUAAUCAUUUGAAAAUUCGGUAGUUUUAUUGAAAAAUCCACUACGGUUAUAUCUCAGUUUAUAUCGACUGGUCAACAGGCCAAGACAAAUAUAUGACCUUCAACAUGUAGGUGUUACAUCUACUGUAUAUUGGAUCCCCUUCAUUUUGCCUUUUGAUUACAAGGACGAUGGUGUGAAAGCGAUCAAUGAAUUGAAACACAAGUUAUUUCACAUGUUACUGUUACCUUGUUUCAACUGUCCAACAGUAGACCAAUGGCUUGUCUUUUUCUCAGUCCAUUCAGAAUUGAUCUGUUUAUCAGAAUUGUUCACACUGGACCAAACUGGGAUUGAUUGGCAAGUCAGGAAUGAUGCUUUUUUAUCUAGAAUUUUCAAAUAAAUGAAGGGGUAACCAUGUGGAAAAGAAAAAAAAUAUGUAACAUCACUGAUAGCCUUGAGAAGAUGAAUUUUAAUGAAAGUUUGCUUCUGCGUUGAAAGCUCCUUUUUUUCUGAUAAGGACAAAUAUUACUGCUAUUGGAUGCUGGUGAAUCUCAUCUUUUAUUGAUUGAAUAAGCUUAUUUUGAUGAAAGCUCAGUGAAAUACAGCCUUUGUGUUCACCUACACCAAUAUAACAGCCUAUUAUGGAAUUUGUAUUCUUUGAGAUGGCAAAUGAUUUUGAAGGAUAAUGAGAAUGUACCCUAAAGAUUAAACCAACAUUACACAUCCAAUUACCUCCCCUUUGAUGUUGAUUUACUUUUUCAGGUGGUUUGCACUAUAAGAAGCAGUACAUUACAAUUCUAUAUAAAUAUCAUUAAGGUUAUAAGGUACAUGCAUGUAGUAGAAGUACAUCGGUGCAUGAAAAAUACUGGUUAAAACAAUUUAUUUUAACAUCUGAUGCCUUAAGUACAGCCUUGAUCCACAUUUAGUGUAUCUCUAAACUUAGCAACCCUGUGAUGCUAAUGCUGUAAGGAGUAAGGUGGAGGGAAAGGGACAACUACCAAAUUGAAUUUCGUGUAUUGCCUCAUUAAUAGGGAAGUACGCAUCUGGUCGCAGGCGAGAACAAGAAUGAGAGUGAGAGAAGAAGGAUGUUUGUUUGGUUGUACGUGAUGAUGGGUAGAGUGAGUGAGAGGGUAAGACAGGAUGGUGAGAGAUGGGAUGGAGGGGUUGGAGGAUGGAAAGAUGGUAACGUUUGAGAGAUGAUAAAAAAAAGUAGAAGACAAUGAGAAUAUUGAUGUGAAUUGAAUGGUUUAAAAAAAAAGUUUGGAAAUACAUGUAUGGAAACAGGAUGAAAAAAGAGAGUAAAAUGCAAGGAUUAAAGGAAUGGAAAAGAAAUAGAGAAAGAGGUCUGGGGUGAGUAAUAAUAAAUGAAGAAAUUGGGAGAUGCAGAAACAUGCGCAAAUCAAAUUAGGAGUAAAGAGAAAGAAUAUACAAAACCUCGGAGAAUGAAAGAAAAUAAGGAGUCAAAUAAGUGACGAUAAAUGAGAAACAAAAGGAGAAUAUCAGUGAUGUCAUUGAAUUGCUAGCUUUUCAAGAAAAAUGUUUAGAAAUUACAAGCAUUAUGGUUUGACUUGAAAUGGGCAAUCUAUAUCGAUCAAUGCUAGCAGAAAUCAUUUUCUUUCCAAUUAUGUUAAAGAAGUGUGAGCGAAAGAAUCAUUUAGAAGCACUCAAAAAGGCCUCUUCGAUUUCUCCUUACCCCAUGUUUUAAUAAACAUUUCUUGCUGUUAUCAUUUCUGCUGUCGGUGCCUUUUCCGUUUGUCUUGUACUAUCUUUUUAUGUCUUUCAUUUUAACAUCUCAUUUAUCUGCUUAUCCUGUUUCUCGUUCUCUCUAUAAUGCAUCCUUGCAUUGUACCAUAUCUGUUUCUCUUCCUAGUUUUUCUUUUCUCUCACCCUCUCUUUCUACCUCUCGUUUUUCAAACUUCUGACCUCUCUCUCUCUCUCUAUUCCUCUAUUUCCUCAUCCCCUCUACCCCUGAUGUGGAACUGGGCAUGCACACCAUUGAUUGGCCUUGAAGGGACGCCAUCCCAAGAUGCAUUAAAGAGCAAUCUCGUUGCUGUCCCAGCAUAGUUAUGAGUUCCUUGAAAACAACUGUGGUACUGCAGCCCCUCGUCUCCAACCUCGUUUUAUUUCAAGGAAAUUCCUGUUCAUUUCUCUCUCUAUUUCAAAUACCACCACUUUUCUUUUUAUACCACCCCUUUCCAUAGUGUUCAUUGAAAGUGGCAUCGGCAGUGGUCUGAUGUCUGUACUUUUCUAGCUGGUUUAGCUGUGUAUUCUUAUAUGGCAGUAGAGUCUAAAUUGGCAACCACUUUCGUUCAAACCAGGAUAUGUCCCUUUCGAAAUGAAUGUCUACAUCCGAAGAUAUGAUUCAUGGUGUAGUAUGAGUUUGAUACCAAUUUCAUUGGUAUCAAACUCAUAUUGGGGUCAUUUGUUCUGACUGAAUAUUUGAGUGAUACAGCAUACAUAGUUUUUGUUGAUGGAAGUAUUGGAGCACUCAUAUAAAUGUUUAUUGUUAUCCAUUUGGGUGCUGUGUUUACUAUGGUAAUUUUUUACCGUGGGCUUCAAAGUAAGUGCUAUCUUCAAAUAUCUUUUUGGCUCUCACCAGUUACAUUCCUGAUGUUAUUGCAGAAGUCUCUCAGCCAUGGCUAUUCUCUUUUAAAGCUUCUUGGUCUAUUUUUGCUCAUGUAUUCAAUUUGUUUUUCAUUAUCUUGUGAGUUGUCUCAUUAACACUGUUUUAUCGCUGAACAGAUUACAAUGAUAACUUACAUAUUGGUAGUGAUUUUUUUCUUUCCAUAAAAAAAGGAACAGCAUCAUGUGUCCCAGAUAUCAUUAGAUUGCUCUUAUGGGCAGUGUAAAACACAUCAAUUCAUACAUUUUGCAUUAUGAUGCUUUUCCAUCAAUCUUCCAUGAUAUGCUGCCCCCAUAGGCAUGGAGCGAUUCAGCCGGCUAAUUGCGUCAAGGACGACAGCAUUUUUCAAUUAAGCAUCGAUGCAAUUUGCCUAAUGAACCCAUUGCUGCUAAAGCAAGGGACCAAAUCUGUAAGAAAAACAUCUUCUUCAAAGCAGGUGAUUAAAUCUCAAAAGAAAUCUGGGUUUAAAUCACUACCUGCCAUACCACAUUCAUUAGUUUUUCAACUCCUUAUAAUGCUCAUGCAAGUGCAUGCAUACUAAUGUGUUGUAUUAAAGCCCUUUGCAAAUAGAUUCAAUCAGUUUCCACAGCUCUGAUAAUAUACCCUUGGGCUGUGAUUAGCAUUUUCAAAAAGAAAACUCUUUGAAGGCUGUGGUUAGCAUGACCAAAUAGGAAACAGAUUGAUAUACAUAGCUUUAUCUUUUCAGUACUUCAAUAUCUACUUUAGAUUGGUGCAUAAGAAGAUUUACAACUUGUGCAAGCAAAUCUACACCAAUAUUUGAUUCAUCGUGCUAGUUUAAUAACCAGUGGUGUUAUUUUUUUAAUUACCAGUGUUUGGUGUAUUUUCAAACUCCAGGGGGCAACUGUAACACCACCUGGUGUAUCACUGACUGGCUUUAUUCUUAACACCAGGUUAUUAUAGUGUAUACAGUAGGUGGUCACUAAAAACAGGUUUUACUAUCUAGUGACAAAAAAAACCUGGCACAUGUACAUAGAGAUAACUUGCUCAUUUGGAAUGAAAAAUCAAAUUGAUACCUCCUCUAGAUUGCAUGUCAAAUAAUCAGUCAAAUGAAUCGUCCGCCUUUAUUAAUCUGAGUUUAAUUAACAAGCCAACUCCAUUCAAAGACAGCGUGAUAUAUUGAUUUGACCAUGACAUGCCCGAGCUUUGCUGAGCUUUAGGUGGUGAUUAUUAGCUACAAAAACCCUUUUUUGUUCUCUCUACCCAUCUCACUUCUCUCUUGCUUUUUUUUUCUUGUUUUAUUUGUCUCCUGCUGUUUCCAUCCAUUCAUAGAUUACUUGGUGCUCUGCUAAUGAUAUAUUAUAAUACCUGGUCAUAUAUGAAUUUUAAGAUUAACAAUUGUAGGCGAUAUGCAUUCGUGAAGAUGAAAGGGUUUGUGUUGAGAGAGAUGGGGGGGGGGUAAAUUGAAUUAGAUAUUUAGUCAGUCUUCUUAGAAUCUAAUAUGAGGGAAAAUGCUGAGAUGUUCAAAAAGCAAACCAAGGUGGUGAGAGAUGAAAAUGAGCUAUUCACAGUGUUAGAAUUAAUGCGCCCACAGAGUGUCUGAGAGGACCUAGAGAAAAGCGUGUUGCCAAUAAAUUAUAGCGGCACUGACAGAUUACGACAGGUAAGAACAGCAUUUGAAGUACCUUUGCUCUCACCUGCGGAGUGAUAUGACAUCUUUUACCUAGUCUCGUUCUCAGAUGUUCUACAGUUUUUCUAACUCUCAAGUUGUAUGGUAGGGAGAUAUUACAUCGUUAAAAUUAGUGAAAGUGUGCUUUAGUGGCAUAUAGGGCUGGAAGGUACUUGGGAGAAAGGGACAAUGUAAUUCAGUUUGGCCUAAUUGAUGGGUUUUACCUGCGAAGAGGGAUGAUGUCACUUAUGGUGGGCUGUCGGAUGAGACCAUUCAUGUCCUAGAUAGCAAAGAGGCAGUUGUUUGCAUCUUAUUAUCAUUCAGCGACAUAUGGUGAGAUGCUUGCAUGGUUUGGCUCUAUGCCCUCGGGAUGAAGCAAGCACAUAAAAUAAAAAAAGGUGUGCUCUGAAAAGCAAAGGUGUAGUGCAUUGAUGUGUACGAUUCACGGCGGCGGUGACAGCUACAGUCGGACGGAGGCUCCAUACCUUUGGUUAGAGGGGUGACUCACAGGUUCAUAACACAUUUGUCACGCACAGAUGCGAGAUAUACAGAAGAGUAUUGCCAAUUUGGACGUGGAUUUCACUCCGGAGUGAGGACCGGCAAAAGGUGUCGGGGAUUAUCGUGGCGAUUGAUCUUCAGGAAAAUUUGUUUGACCAUCUGAGGCCAAUUUGAGGAUUUAUUGUCAUUUGAGGAGGUACUGAUUCAAUUUGAUGGAUUUACAGUGAGUUUGCUGAAGAGUAGCAUCAUCUCUCAUUAUACCUACAGUCGCAUCUGGGAGAUUGCUGGAUCUUUAAUAAGGUAUAUCCAUCAUCAAUUCUUUCGGAUGACGUGCUUGUCAUAACUCUCAUAUUCUCAACUCUACAAUUUAUUGUAGGCAGAAUUCCAUUUUGAUGUGCCUGAUCUUGAACACACAACCAAACAAAAUGCCAGGGUUAUCAAGAAGUAUUAUCUUUUACAUCAAUUAGUUUUGUGUGUAGUGUAUUUGUCUUGUGUAACUAAUUUCCAUACAUUUAUGGCAAAUUGUAGGUACGUAUCAAACUGUUAGACAUGCUUUUCAGUGAGUUGUAUUGCUCACUUUUGGAUUUAGUAAUACAGGGAGUAUGGUAUAAAUGUUUCUCAGACUUAUCAUUUGAAUCUCAUAUGUUAUGCUGACAGUUGAUGUGAAUGUACUUUUCUUGUGAUCUUCAUUUUGCAAAAGGUCAGGGCUGGUAUUUGAGAACAUGACAGUUUGAGAAAAGAUGAAGCAUUCUUAAUACAUGAAGGAACCAUUUUUCUCAACUAGCCAUGUUUAGAUAGAAAAAAACCUUUUUUAAACACACAUGUACAUGUUCCUAUUGUAGGUGAUGGUUUAUGAUUUCUGUUAAUACAAAUGAACACUUUAUCAUGUUUGAGUGAAAUAUUUAGUUGUAUUUCCUGUACAUGUACUUCAAAUUAAUUUUGGAAACAGUUUUAAUUAGAGAACUUGGAAAAAUUUGAAGGGAAGAUUAUUCUUUUUUUGCAAGAUUGGUUCUUAUGAAUUACUUUGAGGAUAUAUUCAGAAGUAGAAGAUCAUUUAUGCCUUUUUCCAAGAGUUACUGUAUAUUCUUUAAAAAAUAUAUAACUGACUUAUCCUUUUAAUUAUGAAAAUACAUGUAUGUAGUUGCAUGAUAGAAUGUUACAAAUAAAUUCCUUUCUUUCAAAGAUUGAAUGGAAUGAUGGUGUGCCUUUAUCUAGUGGAUGACAAUAUCUUUAUGUUUUUCAAUCAGUGCAGAUUUAGUGGGGCUGGUGUAUAAGGGGGGGGGGGGUUCCUGAGCUGUGAACUAUGUAGGAGUUAAUCACUUGUAAACAUAGGCAUUCAAAUUUGUCUGGCCAUCUGUUGCCAUUUUGGAUUACUGAUCAGAAUGCAGUAUAGAUUGCAAUGCAACAUAAGGUGAUUUUCUUAAGUUAGAAUCACAAACGUGAGUCACAAAUCUAAACGCAAACAUAGAACAUGGUUACUGCAGUAUAGCAUUCAAGUGAUUUUUUUUUAUCAAUGCUGAUUAUCAAUCAUUUCAAGCCCAGCCACCGCACUCAGUACCGAGCAGGUUGACCUGGACGUGAGCAUGUAGGUCAGCUCGGAGGUAGCCAACAUAUUUUGUUUUAACCAGAAACAGGACUCCCUAAUGAUAUUAUAGAAUCAGGAUCGAUGCUUUUGUAUGUUGCAUUCAGUUGAAUUUAUUUAUAAAACAUAUCACUGCUCAUGAAAUAAAAUCUUGAAUGCUAUUUUGUUAAAAACUUAUCUAAUAUGGUCACAACAUUGACUUUAAUCAUUGAAAAAAGAAGAUGUUCCAGAGAUUAUCCACCAGCACCAAAAUUAAAGUUUUACGGCUGUCAAAAGUGAGAUAAAUGAAGCCAUGAUAUGUUGGAGAAAGAGAGGAAGAAUAAGAAAUAAAUCUAGAUUCAUUAUUAAUUUGAGAGAUGAGGAUUGAAGAUGGUGGACUAGCGAGGGAAUGGGAGUAAACACACGUCACAUCUAAAGCAAACAUUUGUCUGCGGAUUGCAUGGUAUAAUUUGUGGAUUCGGUCAGUCAUAAAUUGAGCAGUCAAAAUGUUAUUCUCAGUGCACACUUAUAAUUAAUUUCAGUAAAUCUUGGGCACGAUUGGCAUGUUCUUCUCUUUUUCACCCCAACAAUUUAGAAUUUUGAUUUAUUCAAACAUUGCUGUGGCACAGAUAUUUGAAUUGUUAUUGAAAAAUAAAAAAAAUCAAAUAGAAGUCAAAUAAGUUUUUAUUUGAUUGCUAUUAAAUGUAUUUUUAUUCAUGUUUUACACUGAUAAAUACAUCCACAAGAAAAAAAAUAAAUGUUCAACCAAACAUGCUGUCCAGUAAAGUUUCUGAAGCAAUUUUUAUUAUUAAAGUUUAAUGCAUCAGAAGUUUAUGCUUUUAUCUUUCAAUGUCUUAAGAAAUUCUAAAUUGUGCUUUUUGCUCAUGCACAUCAAUAUAAAACAAAAUAAUAGGUCUCAUUCAUUUUUAUAAGAGGUUAUAUUUUUCAUCCCAAUAAUUCACUCUAAAAAAAAAGUAAUAAAAAUAAAAUUACAUUAUUACUUUCUUCUCUUAAAUUAAACAAGAAGUGUGCAUUUAUAUAUAUUUUUAUUAUUGCCACAAUACUCACAAAUGUCAGUUUUGUCAUAAAAUUGUGAAUUAAGAAAAAAGUUGACAUAUUAAUUGGGGAAUACCAGGUGCAGAGCUCGUGGAAAUAUGGAGGUAUAGGAUCCCUCGCUCACAUCUCACCAUGUAUUGAGAAAGUGAGAAAAUAUGAAAGUGCAGAUAUAUAUUUUUGAGUUGAGAUACAUCAUUUAUCAUGCUUAGCCAGAGCCCCUUCAUUCUGACAGCUCAAAUCCUGCUUUUAAAAGGGUAAAGGUAGGGCCAGGACACAUUAGGCUGAAGUCAUUAAUCACAUGCCAGUAUUACCACCUCCAAAGAGAAAGGGAGACCAACGAAUAGUCUCAGGCUGCCGCAGGGCUGACGUCUUAAGACAGGAUGUGUUGAAGAGUAUUGGAUGUAAUGAUAUGUAAAGAGCUGCUGCUACCAGGAAAGAAAAACAAUGCCCAUGCAGUGUUAAGAAAUCAGUCAUUUCGCGUUUCCAGACAUUGUAAAUGAAUCUGAAAGGGAGCAUUAAUGCUCCUUUGUGCAAUUGCAAUAUAAUGAAUCAAAGAUGGGACUUUGGAAUGAUGCUAAAUAUUGGUUUUGACAGUGAACGAUGAACAUCAGAAUUGUGCAUUCUUUGGUAAAUGUAGAAUAUGUAAUAGUUUUGAACACAAAAAAUGAAACACAUGGAAAAUCAACUGAGUCCAGAUUAUAUUUUUUCUCUCCUUUUUUGUGGCCCAUAGAACAAGGUACAGAAAGUCCAGGAAAUUUAUAUUGUAAAUGUUCACUUGAAAUUGACAUGAAAUUUGAAAAUUCCUGGU